AUGACCCAAAUGUCUGCCAUUCCAGAUUUUUAUUACUUCUGCUUCGCCGCUUAUGAGCCCUUCUUAACGACGAUAGGCUUUCUGGGCACAUGCGCCGAUCCAACCAGUGCACACAACUCACAAGCGCCUUGGCCUAUAGGCGCACUCCCUUUUAAUGUUCUUCCAAGAGCAACUCUUGUGACAACGUUGCAGCUGGCACAUGUUUGUGCCCUCAUCGGCAUCAUCAACUGCUUCGUUUUGACGGCUGCCCGAAAACACUUGCAGGAUAAUCCUGCUCUCCAGGAGAAGAUUGUCUUCUCCUUGUUAACACCACUCCUUUUUGGCGACCUCUUUCAUCUUAUUAUUACUCUCUGGGCUUUGGGUGACCAAAAGUGGGAUUUUUGGAAUUGGAGUCCUAUGUUGUGGACAACUGUUAUCCUGGGAUUAUCAUUGAUGAUACCCCGCAUAGCCUGGCAUUUAGGUAUUGCGCGGUAUGUCGACAAGAGGGACGGUCUCUCACAAGAGGCCGCUACAAAGAAGUUGAAGGACCUUUCUAAGUAA